AUGCUCCGCAAAAAGGAGGCGUACACGGUGGUGACACCCAUCCCGGGCUUCAUCCCGCGCCAGCUGGCCAUCGACAUUCUGCACGCACACAGCGAGGUCAUCAUGCUCAACCCGCUCGUGCUCUCGCACCGGCCCAUCCCCGCGCCGCGCACCGCCGCCGCCGACGAGUUCUACAGCACCUGGUACGAGAUUGUCGAGCGUAUCCAGUACGUCCCGGGCAUCGGCCGCGCCGGCUCGGGCCAAAUCACCUUUUGCGGCUGCUUCCACGACCUGCCCUGGGGACUGCAAACACACGUCCAUGCUCCCCUUAACAUCGACCUGCGCCAUCGCUACCGCGUCGCCGGCAACCAGCCGGGCGUCGAGGGCCCCGACGAGCAGCGCGAGCUCGGCCUCGAGGAGCUCGGCGCCCCCCGCGACGGCCUCUAUCUGCGUGAGGACAUUGAGAUCAAGUGCAACAUUGCCAUGGUCUCCUUUGUCAAGGCGCAGCUCCGCGCCGCCAGCCGCCAGAUGCUCGACCGCUUCAUCAAGAAGGCGGAGCUGCUCGACGCCGGCGUCCUCCAGGCCAUGAUGGAGAACGGAAAGCUCAAGACCAUCAACCCAAAUGAUCGCUCCCGCCCGCCCCCGAUCCACGCCCCCCCCUAUCCGGGCCCUCCAUCGCCCUCCCUUGUCGCCUCGCCUCUGCGUUCCUCGCCAUCGCCCAGCGCAGGCCACUACCACUACAAGGUUCAAGACACGGACAACAAGGCUCGAUACAUGUCCUCACAUCUAUCUCCCGCUGCCCCCUCUUUCCCCGUCGAGCUGCCCGGCGACUCGUCCCAGGAUCCGUCGCCGGGGUCCAAGUACCUCGCCCGCCCCGUCUCCGACAUAACUUCGACCUCAUCCGACCCUCGCUGGUCCCUGAGCCCAUCCUUCUCGGACGGACAUCGCGACAGCGUCGGCUCCACCGUCAGCGCCACCGGGCUCACGUCGCCCGGUUUUGUCCGGCACGGCUUCGCCGCCGAGUUGCCGGCCCAUGACGAAUCCAGGGAGUUGGCCCCACGGCCUCAGGCGACUUCGUAUAUGUAUUGA